GGUACUAAAAACAUCAAUUUUAUACUUUAUCGUACGAACAUUUACAACAAUCCAAACUUCACGGCACUGUUUGGAGUUCACUAGUGGAGUUCUUGCCUCAAUCAAACAUGAUGAAUAAUGAGUAGACAUGUAUAAAAAGAGGAAAUAGAGACAAUGACAGAGAGAGAGAAAGAGAGUUAGGAGAUGAUGAUGACACCAAAACGAUUCAAGCUACUCCGAAUCCCUUCCUUCCAUUGUUGUCGUUCCAACGACAUCUCCGUCGUCCCCACUGACCCACCAUCGCCACCGCCACCGCCUAAACCCCACCACUCCUCCUUGAGGCGCCACGUGUCCUCCGCCUUCCGAACUGCGGCUUGCGGCUGUAGAUCAUCCUCCACCAACUCCGACGACGACCAAAUUUGCAAAUCAUCUCCAACUCUCCCAACGCACGUGCCACCUACGCCCCUCCUUCACUCAUUCGACGACGGUUCGACUUUCCCGAAGCGACAACGACGCCGGAAAAACAAAAAGAAAUCAAAAUCCAAAUCAACCACACUCACACGCCUCCGAACCAGCACCUCGUCGACGGAGAGCGGUUUAUUCAGCAGCGAAUCGUUCGAUGAAAUCGACGAACUAGAAGAAACCGAGACGCUAAUUUCAUCAUCCAAAACAAUCUCCACUUCCGACGAUGAUAACGAUUCUUCCUCUGAAUUCAAUCCUCAAUUGGAAACCAUACGGGAGAAACCAAACAAAAUAAAUUUAAGGAGAAAGAAGGAGAAAGAGAAACGACGUCGUAAACAGAAGAGGACAACGAUCAUCUCGCCAUCGCCGGAAAUCGAGUCGCCGGCGAGGCUUUCGGUGUUCCAGAGGCUGAUUCCGUGCACGGUGGAGGGGAAAAUCAGGGAGAGUUUUGCGGUGGUGAAGAAAUCUGCAGAUCCGUUUGAGGAUUUCAAAAGGUCGAUGAUGGAGAUGAUAAUGGAGAAGGAGAUGUUCGAGGAGAAGGAUUUGGAGCAGCUUCUUCAUUGUUUGUUGUCGUUGAAUGAUAGGGAACACCAUGGGAUUAUUGUUGAAGCUUUCUCUGAGAUUUGGCAGUCUCUGUUCUGUAACUGAUCGUUGUCAGAUUGCACUCUCUGUUUUAUUCCAUUGUGAAAACAGAGUUGAUCCUUCUUCUUCUUCUUCUUCUUAAUGUCUCUCAUCCUAAUUAAUGGUAAUAUCUUCAACAUUAUAACUUCAAAUUGCUAUAAUUUUCUUUACA